AACCACAGCAUCACCAUCGUCCUCUUCUCUGCACCCGCUUCCCUGUUGGUUGUGCCGCUGCUACCUAGCUUGUCUCCACCCACACCCGCACCGCGCACAUCAAUGGGGGAGCACAACAACGAUGGGGUGAGCAGCACAUCAACCAUGAGGACGGCACGCCCUCGGACGCCGACGAUGCUGCCGCCGACGCGGCCCAAGAUAAAGAUCAUCCACAUCAUCGCGCCGGAGAUCAUCAAGACCGACGUCGCCCACUUCCGGGACCUCGUGCAGCGGCUCACCGGCAAGGCUGCCUUCUGCGCCGCCACCGACGUCGUCACAUCGACGCCGCCGGUAGGUGAGGACGAUGAGACGGAGACGUCCAAGAAGAGGCCGAGGCCGGCACUGGCUCCGGUGGCCAACGACGAGAAGAGCGGUUUUACGGUGCAAGUGCAAGAAGAGACGGCGACCAAGAAGAGGAAGAUCAAGUGCGAGGUGAAGGUGGAGGAAGGAGGCUUCGGUGGUUAUGAGCUCGGCCGUAGCAACCUGUGGAUGGACCUCAGCACGGGAGGAGGGUUCUUGAGCUUCCUGGAGGAGGACGAAGGCGUCUUCCAAGGCCUGGCUGCUGACAUUGACUUCUUGCAGCCUUUUGGCUCGUCCAGGAUGGACUUUGUUGGUGAAAUGUACGCGUCUUGACAACAAUUCCUAGGUCUAGAGCUUGAGGGAUUUUUUUUUUUGGUGCGCCGUGAGUUGGUCGAGAGACUUGGACAGAUUGGUCAUCUGGGUGCUUAUAUUUCAGACAGUGAAGCGAAUGUAAGCACCCAGAUGACCAAUCUAAGGGGGAAGAAACCAGGAGUGCAAUGCCAAUAGUGAAUUAUAUGUGUGUAAGGGCCACUGGUGAAAUCAUAUAUAGUAAGAUUGAUCAA